CUUAUAUCGUAACUGGAAACUGCGACGCUCUCACUUAUCUACAUCCUAUGUCAAACAAUUCGUGGUGAAAAUAGUCCAACGACGAAAAUUCGCAAGGGAUGAUCACACGAUGUGUUUUAAUGCUCGUGAUUCUUCAGCUGGCGAUCGCGAUAUGUUCUGCCGUGAGUGGGCUAAUAUGGUGCAAAGAAAAGCAGGAAUUUGUAGAAAUAUUCAGUAUCCCACAGUUCGCUGCUCUUCAGAAGGAAAACGUGAUCAAAAGUGAUAUAGAGAUUCACGAUAUGAAGAAUGAAGUUAUCAGAGCUGUGUAUUAUGAGGAAAAGAAUUUAGUAAUGUUCACAGACAACGAUACGAAAAUUACUGGUAUUUACGGCGACUUGUGGUACCUUCUGGCGGAUUAUCUCAAUUUUACAUUUAUUCCAGUGAAGACUAUUAGUCGAAGUUUCGGCGAGAGACUGAAAAACGGCAGUUUUACCGGUUUGCUCGACAUACUCGAAAAUAAUGAAAUACAGGUGAUAUUGAGAAGCGAAUUCUUUUCAUCUCGAAUGAACGACGUGGAUUAUACAACGCCUCUCUGGAAAAGCAAGUUUUACAUUUACGUCCAACCGGAAUGGCAGUACGAUAAUACAUGGGUAGUUACGUUAUUUUCAAAGAGAACAUUAUAUUGCAUAAUUUUCCUGUUUAUUAUUAUGAGUUAUCUUGGCUAUUUCCUGCAAAACGUACCAAAGAGUCACGAGAUCGAACGCAAGAGGAAAGAUUCCGAAGAUUACAACUUAAAUGAUCACUUCUUUCACUCGUUCGCCAUGAUGUGCUCGCAAGGCUACAUACCUGACGCCUUUUAUAACAAAUUCAAGAUCUUGUCAUUGUCGAAGAGCAUCUUCGCGUGGCUAGUAAUGUUAUCUUUCAACUCCAAUCUCAUUUAUCGCAUGACGAAUAGAGAGUCUUUGCUGUCAUUUAAUGAUCUGGAUACCCUUUUCAACAAUACAAAAUAUACUCUGCUAGUAUUUCGUGGCUCUAGCUUCUACGAUCUCUUUCAAGAUACAUAUGCAAUCGACAACAAUGUACUCGAUCGAGUACGCUUCCUGCCAACUUCGGAGGACAUGUACAACGAAAUUUGUAAUAAUCUUCAGAAAUACGUGAUGCUCGAGCUUAAGGACCAAUAUAUGGCAUUAAGCAGAUCCGGUUGUCCGCUCGUGGCUACAGGAGAUUACAACGAGGUAUGGAUCACGUUUGCCCUUAAGAAGAACUUUCCAUACAAAAAACCAAUCGACGCUGGAAUCAUCAAGUUGAAUGAGGUCGGGCUGAUGGACUGUAUCAUAGAUCGUUGGCUGAAUAUCAGAUUAGAGACUACGAAAGACACUACAUUCAAGACGAUCGACUUCAAUCAAGUCUACUUGAUUUUUCUCAUACUCUACUGCGGAGUGUUACUCUCGCUUACGAUACUCGUUCUGGAAAACAUAAUACAUUAUCACGAAAAGAAGAAAAAUGAAUUUCGUAGACGUAAAUAAUUAAAUAUCGUAUUUGCUACAAAAAACACCAGCACGUGACUGAAACUAGAAUAAGAUAAUACUGUAUUAAGGAAUAUAAUGUGUGUACAAGCUAUUUGUCUCUUUAUUUCGGAGUUUAUUAAAAUAAAGAAGCUUAAGCUAAUAUAUAUAUUGCGUUUAGAAAGUAGAACAGAUGCAUAGGUAAUUAAUAAUAAGUAAAUAAAUAAUAAAUAAUAAAUAAAUAAUAAGUAAUUGUAACAAGUGGCAUUAGUGAGUUUCCGAAUUCGGAGGUUUGCGAUUACUCUUCAUUGCGAUUAGAUGGACAUUGCGAGCGUGCGAAUUGUAAUACCUUGCGAGAUAAGUCAGAAAGUUCAUCGUUGUCGAUGAACUGUUUUUAUUUUAUUUGAUUAUUGCUUGAUUACUUCUUUUGCGUGCGAGUCUAAGCAAUCGCCUUUCUCUCAAUUUCGCAAUUUUUUAAUCGCAUAAUAUUGUAACUUUGUAAUUCCACUAUGAGUCACGUAUGGAUAGAUACAAAAUGUAUACCGAUUUAUAGCUUUGCUAUCAGAGUGUAUGAAAAGAUGUAUAAAUUGUCUUGUUUUAUAUUUUGUCUAGAAGUUACUUGAAAUAAUACUAAAAUUUUAACAAACAAU